AUUAGUAUAUAUACUCAGGUUUGAAGUCUAAUGCUUCCAUAGUUCUGUUAGCUUGUGUCCAAAUGCCAAUAUAUCUCAAGUUCCUUCUUUGGGCAUCUCUUGCUCUCUUGCUUCUUCAAACGGGAUUUGGAGAAAAAUGUGAGAGCAAAAGCAGUGAACCUACAGUGAGGCAGGCGCAGGUGAAGUGGAGAGAAGGAAAGAAGUUCAGAGUUGAGGUAAUGAACAAAUGUCCAAUGUGUCCAAUCAUCAACCUUCGUCUGAAAUGUCAAGGAUUUCCUCAGUCGCUUGUGGACCCCGCGCUCCUCCGUGUUCUCUCCUCUUCUGCCGGAAACUGCGUCGUUAAUGACGGCUUGCCAUUGAGUCCAAUGCAGACUCUCUCUUUCAACUACUCCAACUCACACCAGUUGGCUCUGCGUCCUUUUUCUUGGUCUUUUCAGUGCGAAUAAAUCAAUAAGAUUGUUAAAUCAAUAAAAGUAGAUCUCUUUGUUCAUCAAUCUGCUGGUAUAUCUUUUGUAUAAUCUAUAUUCAGACCACCUUUUUUUA